AUGGAUUCUUUCGUCAACAGGUUCAAAAAAACAGCUUCUGUUUGGGUCGACGAUGGCUUUGCUAAUGGAUUCGUCGGGAUUGAUGGUGCAAAAGGGUUGAAUUAUCCGGUCUUCGAACUUCCAGCUUGCGAUAAUGCACCUCACACGGACGAAAAUUCAACGACUGAAUGUCGUAUCAAGCUUCAACAUGGUACCACAACUCUAGCUUUUAAAUUUCAAAAUGGUAUCGUGGUUGCCGUCGACUCACGUGCUUCGGCUGGAAGUUAUAUUGCAUCACAAACUGUAAAAAAAGUUAUUGAGAUAAAUCCACAUCUUUUGGGAACUAUGGCUGGCGGUGCAGCCGAUUGUGCUUUCUGGGAGAGAGAACUUGGUCGACGAUGCCGUCUUUACGAAUUGAGAAAUAAAGAGAGAAUUUCUGUAGCAGCCGCUUCUAAGCUUCUGGUAAAUAUGGUCUAUUCAUACAAGGGAAUGGGGCUUUCAAUGGGGACAAUGAUUACGGGUUGGGAUAAAACGGGUCCCAAUUUGUUUUACGUUGAUUCUGAUGGUACUCGAUUGAAAGGCGAUUUGUUUUCUGUCGGUUCCGGUUCAACAUUCGCAUAUGGUGUGUUGGACAGCGGAUUCGAUUUUGAUAUGUCAACCCAAGAUGCCAUCGAGUUAGGUCGACGAUCGAUCUACCAUGCGACUCAUAGGGAUGCUGCUUCCGGUGGUUCCAUUAAUGUUUACCACGUUAAGGAAGAUGGUUGGGAAUUCAUAAAUAAUUACGACGUUGGUGACUUGCAUUGGGAAUAUCAAGAUCAACCUAAGCCAAGACUAACUGAAACUGCACAGCCAAUGCUUAAUAUUCAAGCAUGA